UUAAAAUAAAGAUAAUCGCGGUCAAUCAGUUUAUAACUUCGGGUUCGGUAUUCCAUAUCGAAAACGAAAGUUCUUUAUAUAAAGCAGCCAUGUUUGAAUGUUGACGCAUGACAAACGCGUCAAACUGACAAAGAUGUAUUUGCUUGUUGUGCAACAAUUUUACCUGCUAAGGAUGGCUAUCAACGUUUUUUGUCUUUGUGCACUAGCCUUGUUUGUUGUCACGCUUGGUCAAAACCCGGAGGAAAAUAAAGAUUUAACCCCACGCGAGCUUCUUAAGAAUACACAUACCCAACAUGAGCACUUUGCCAAAACAAUGAUGUUACCAUUACUGGAAAAAUUAACUAAAACGCCUACACUGAUGUCGAAAAUACAAAGUAAAGGGAUGGCAAUGAAAGCAUCACAUGGAACAGAAUCUGAAUUUCAUCUGAACUAUGAAAAAAUACGUUCAAAUAUAGCUUCAAUGAAAGUAAAACACUCUGCGAAAUCCGAAUUUGAACUGAAACCCAAUUUCCCGUCUGCAUCUGUUGCCAAGUCUUCUGCUGCUCAGAUUGCCGAUUCAUCUUCUGCAGAUACAACCCCUAAUACAACGCCUAAGCCUAAAGAAGAUGUGAGUUCUUCCACUGAAAAUGAUGACUCUACCAAACGAAGUGAUACUAACCCUUCUGAAAAAGCUAAUGAAACCUCAAAGCCAAAGACAGAAAGUUCCUCUUCCGAAACAAAGAACAUGCAGUCCAACAAAAAUGCUAAUAAAUCCUCUGAGCCAAAGAGUAAAAAUUCCUCUUCUGAAAAAGUUGAUAAAACUUCUACGCCAAUGAAAAGUAGUUCAUCUAAAAAAGAUACAUCUCCGUCCGUUGAAAAAGAUGACUCUUUGUCCCAGGUUAACAAUUCCCCUCAUAAACACACACUACACAUUGUAAUAACACAUGUGUUUCAUUCAUCCCUACCACAAGGGGCCAGGAUAUUUGACGUAGCGAUUCCAGUCCAGACCACAGAUUAUGACACAAAUCUACCAUACGUGAGAACGAGCAAACAAUUUAAAAGUAAUACAAAUUUUAAAGAAGCAUCAAGGGGAAUGAAUAAGCGAAAUAUUUUACCGGUCAUCCAAGAAGAACAGCAUGACUCCUUCCGAACAAUAAGACAGUCCGUUGAUGUGUUUAUAUGCCGCUGCUCUUUGGAACAGCCACACUGUUGCCAAUAUUAACCAUAACCAAAAUUGUAACAAUAAGAAGUCUAUAAAUUAUCUAUGAAUAAAAUAUAACAAAUAACAAAUUUACAAUGUAACAGUGAAUAAAAAGAACAAUUAACA